AUGGCCCCUGUUGCGGCGCCUUCCACCAGCCAGCCUGCGGGCGGCAAGCCCAUGAACUGGGCCGACGAGUUCGACGAGGACGUCUCCGGCGACGCCCCGCGCAUCGAGGAGCGCGACGAGGGCAACGGCGUCAAGGUCGUCAUCGAAUACCGCACCAACGCCGACGGCAAGAAGGUCAAGAUCACCCGCCGCGUAAAGCGCACGCUCGUAAAGACCAAGGUCAACCACGAGGUCGCAGAGCGCAAGUCCUGGACCAAGUUCGGCAAGGAGAAGGGCAACGCCGCCGGCCCGCACUCGGCCACCACCACCAUCGGCGAAAACGUGGUGCUCAAGAUGUCCGCCGGCAACAAGACCGCCGAGCCCGAAGUCGACGAGAUGGACAAGGUGCGCCAGCAGCUCGCCAACAAGCGCAUUGUCUGCCGUCUCUGCAAGGGUGACCACUUCACCACAAAAUGUCCCUACAAGGACACGCUCGAGGCCAUCCCCGGCGCCGGCGCCGACACGCCCGAGGCCGGCGAGGGCUCCAUGACGCCCCUCGCCACCAUGGACCCCUCCAACCCCGCCGUCGCAGCGAGCACAGGCGGCAAGUACAUCCCGCCCUCGAUGCGCGGCGGCGCAAAGGGCCCCGGCGAGAAGAUGGGCGGCCUCGGCGGCGUCUCCAGAGACGACCUUCCCACGCUCCGUGUCACCAACCUCUCGGAAGACGCAGACGACGACGACCUGCGCGAGCUCUUUGGCCGCUUUGGCCGCGUCGUGCGCGUCUACGUCGGCCGCGACCGCGAGACGGGCAUCUGCAAGGGCUACGCCUUUGUCAGCUUCGAGACGCGCGAGGACGCCGACCGUGCCAGGCAGAAGGUCGACGGUAGGGGCUACGAUAACCUCAUCCUCAGCUGUCAGUGGUCGCUCCCGCGUGGCGAGCGUCCUUGA